CUUUUGUCUGGAGGAAGAAGCAGCUGAUGCUGCGGUGCACGGUGAAGUCACUCUGAGGGAGGGAUCACCGGAUCAGGUCUGGUUCACUCGGUCUUUUGUGUGCCAUCGAUCUGUCAGUCCCGGACCUCGGUUAGACUGUCCCGGAUUGUCCCGGUGUGUCCGGGUUAAGGAGCACCAUGCCGGAGUGCGUGUCGGUGUCCGACUUCUUGCAGGAGGUUCAGGAUGACUGGAGCUCGCCCACCACCUCCUCCUUCACCUCCAAGAUGAUCAGCUGCAGGAACACCGUCUACCUGCUGGAGGAGGUUUUGGACAGUGACCGGUUGGUGUUGCAGAAGAUGAAGAAAGCUGCUAAAGCCAAAUACACAUCAGGACAAGAUCACGUGUCUCACCUGGAGCAGUACAUUAAUUCGAUGGAGAAGCUGUCGGUCAACUGUCACUCAAACGGAGAGUCGGAGGUCGGCUCUGCUUUCUGCCGGCUGGCCGACUUUUCUAAAGAGCUCCUCUCUCCCAUGAAGAACCUGCUAAAGAGCAUGCUCCACAACAUCAACUUCUUCCUGGACUCUCUGGUUAAAGGAGACCUGAGGGAGGUGAAGGGGGAUCUGAAGAAGCCUUUUGACAAAGCAUGGAGGGACUACGAGAGCAGAUUUAAGCAGGUGGAGAAGGAGAAGAGGGAGUUGGCUCGUCAGUAUGGGAUGGUGAGGAAUGAGGUGAGCGGAGGAGAGAUUGCUGAGGAGCUCGAGAAGGAGAGACGCUCCUUCCAACUGAGCAUGUGUGAGUAUCUGAUUAAGGUCAACGAGAUAAAGACGAAGAGAGGAGUCGAUCUGCUGCAGAACCUCAUCAAACACUACCACAGCCACAACAAUUUCCUACAGGAGUGUGUUUCCACCACUCAGAAGUUGAAGCAGUACAUGGAGGAGCUGAAUGGAGUCCUGAACACGGUGAAGCAGCGUCAGGAGGAGGAGAAGAAGCAGCUCGUGACUCUCAGAGAUCAGCUGAGGCCGGUCGUCAACACAGAGUCACAGGACUCUUUACCUAAGCAGGUGUACAGUAUGCAUCAGCUACUGGGGGACAAACAGUACGGGACAGAAAGGUCAGGAUUCCUCUACAAGAAGAGUGACGGCUUGAGGAAAAUGUGGCAGAAGAGGAAAUGUUCAGUUCACAACUGUUACCUGACCAUCGCACACGCCACUCCUAAUAAACCUCCGACCAGACUCAACCUGCUCACCUGUCAGGUCAAACCCAGCGUGGAGGACAAGAAAUGCUUCGACCUCAUCUCCCAUAAUCGGACCUACCACUUCCUGGCAGAGGAUGACGCUGAGUGUCUGGCCUGGAUCUCGGUGCUCAGUAACAGUAAGCAGGAGGCCCUGAGCAUGGCUCUGGACGGGGGGAGGAAAGGGGGAGGAAGUGGGGAGAGCAGUGUGGAGGAUCUGACCCGGGCCAUCACUGAUGACAUCCGGCGGAUGCCAGGAAACAACAGCUGCUGUGACUGCGGAGCACCAGAUCCUGGAUGGCUCUCGACCAACCUGGGCAUCCUGACCUGUAUCGAGUGUUCGGGGAUCCACAGGGAGAUGGGGGUCCACGUCUCCAGGAUCCAGUCUCUCAGUCUGGACAGUCUGGGGACCUCAGACCUGCUGUUGGCCAGGAAUGUUGGUAACUCUGGCUUUAAUGAAAUACUUGAGGCAAACCUCCUGAGUCCGUCACUGAAGCCGUCCCAAGAAAGCCACAUGGGAGAGCGUAAAGACUUCAUCCUGUCGAAGUAUCAGGACGUGUAUUUUGUGAGGCGGAGCCACAACUCUACUGCAGCGCUGCGAUACAACCUGCAGGAGGCGACCAAGAGCUGCGACAUCUACAGUCUGAUCCAGCUGUACGCUCAGAAGACCGAGCUGAGCCAGCCGCUGCACGCACACAUACAGGAGAGAGGGGAGACGGCACUUCAUCUCGCCGUCCUAUUGGCUGACAGGACGUCGCUGCACAUCCUGGACUUCUUAGCUCAGAACUGCUCAAACGUGGACGCGCUGACAUCCUCAGGAAACACAGCGCUGCACUACAGCUGUCUGCACAACAAGAGCGACUGUGUGAGGCUGCUGCUGAGAGCCAGGGCCAACACACACACCAAAAACGAGUUAGGAGAGACCGCUCUGGACGUGAGCCGCAGGUUGAAGCACGUCCACUGCGAGGCGCUGCUGCAGCAGGCCCAGUCCAACCAGUUUGACCAUCACGUCAACGUGGAGUACGAGUGGAGGCUUCGUCAUGACGACCUCUACGACAGUGACGAUGACUUUGACGACAAGAACGGUCCAGUGAAGAAGGAGCGCUCCUUCUCGUCCUCCUCCUUCACCUCCUCCUUCUCCUUUAACUCCCGGGCCUUCAGCUUCAGUCAGUCCUCCGUCGCCCCGCCCUCCUCUGGAGGAGGUGGAGGAGGGAGGGGAGGUGGAGGAGGUGGAGGAGGUCUGCUCAGCGUGGGGAGGAGGCUCGCCAUGGCUAUGGAGCUCCACAGCCGGCCCACCGGCUGCGCCUCCAGCCCCCCUCCUCCUCCUCCGUCCUCCCCUGCACCUCCGCUGCCGCCCAGGGUCAAAGCUCCCAACGUUCCUCCUCCUCCUCCUCCCGCUGGGGGGGAAGGAGUUGGGGAUGAAGAGGAGGAAGAGGAGGAGGUUUUCUUCCCCUUCACAGGAAACAGAAAGUCAACGCCCCCCCCUCCCAUCGCCGUCCGACACAAGAGGAGCUGCUCCGAGUCCAGCAAGCACGAUUACGGGUUGCCAACCAGUCCGAGGAUCUACAGCGGCCCAGACUCCUCCUUUAAGAAGUGUGUCCCAUCUUCUCCUCUAAGCUCGCUGACUGAACGACCAGAAAGAGGUUUUCGGAGAGCAGACAGCGACGGUAGUUCCUCCCACUUCCUGCACCCUGCCAGGAAAGCCCCGACCAAUGGAUCUCCCACCAAUCAGCGCUCUCAGAGCUUUGAGAAUGACAGCAGACGCCUCGCCCCCCAGCCGCUUCCCCGCAGAUCAUUGCCUCGGGGUGCGACGUGCCGCCGUGUUGAGGCGCUGUACGACUGCCAGGCCGACCACCACGAUGAGCUGAGCUUCUUUGAGGGACAGGUGCUGGUGGUCGUGGGACAGGAGGACUGCGAUUGGUGGCAUGGUUACAUAGAGGAUGAACCAGACCAGAGAGGUUUGUUUCCGUCCUCCUUCGUGCAGCUGCUCUCAGAUUGACAUGAACCUGGACCGAACCAGACCGGACCCUGGACCCGCACAGAUCUAGACCACUUCUGGAGAACCAGAACCUGGAGCUCAGGAGAACCAAACCAGACCAGUACUGAGCAGCAGAAGCAGAACCCAAGGUUUUUGUCCCAGUACUGGACUGAUCUGGACCAGCUCCAGCAUCCUGUAAGUUCAUGUUGUCGUAGCAACCAGUGUUUCUUGCGCCUUCUGUUACCGUGGAAAUGUUACAGUUGACCUUUCAGAGAAGACACUAGAUCUUUAUGUAGCUCGGGUCAGGUGAUAAUGUCGCCAUGGAUACUGCCUAGCACAAACCGAUCGGCCAUGAUUCAAGAUACUUUGAUUUAUUUAUUUAUUUUCAAUUUUA